CUCAACUAAAAUUCUUCAUUCCAUACUUUGACUCUGCGUGCGCAUGUGUACGAUUACGUUAGAGAAGAAGUUUACAUUUGAUUUUUUUACAGGUUAUCUGGUGUGAGAUUAAAAGAUAUAUAUUCGUUGUUAUAUAUACUUAAUAUACCAAAGUAUUUAAUAUUAUUUAUCAAACAUUUUAUGUAUAAAUAAUUAUGAAAUCAUAAAGGCGUUAGAAAUGACUCGAUUUCUAUCAAAAAGGUUAAAAAUAUUUCAAAUCAGAAUUUUACAGAGGCAUUAUGCAGAUGCGGCAAAUGAUGCACUUAAAAAUGUAUAUAUUAGUACGCCGAUAUUUUAUGUUAAUGCAGCACCACAUAUUGGACAUUUGUACAGUGCAGCAUUAGCCGAUUGCAUUGCAAGAUACAGAUCCAUGCUUGGUCAUACUACAUUUUUAAGCACUGGUACGGAUGAACAUGGUAAUAAAGUAAAAACAGCUGCAAAUUUGGCUAAAAUACCAAUACCAGACUAUUGCAUACAGGUUUCUAAACAAUUCAAGGAAAUGUGUGACAAGUUUUCUAUUAAUUAUUCUACAUUUAUUCGUACCACUGAGCAACGUCAUUUUGAUGCAGUUCAUCAUUUCUGGAAUGUUUUGGACACGAAGGGAUAUAUUUAUUUAGGAAAAUAUUCCGGAUGGUACUGUACAUCAGAUGAAGCAUUUCUUACAAAUAUAGAAUUAAAUGAAAUAACAGAUGCGUCUGGUAAACAGAUAAAAGUCUCUAAAGAAUCGGGUCAUUCUGUUGAAUGGAUGGAAGAAGACAAUUAUAAAUUUAGAUUGAGCAAUCUUAAAGAUGAAUUGAAAUAUUGGAUUAAAAAGGACACUACAGUACAACCUGCAAAAUAUCACAAGAUUUUAUAUAAGUGGAUAGAAGAGGAUAUAAGUUUAGAUGAUUUAAGUAUAUCGAGACCUGUAACUAGAGUUCCUUGGAGUAUCCCAACACCUCAAAACAAAAAUCAAUCAAUAUAUGUUUGGUUGGAAGCAUUAGUAAAUUAUUUAACAGUAUUGGGUUAUCCAGAUGAUACAUACAAGCAAUUUUGGCCACCAAGUUUGCAGGUUAUUGGUAAAGAUAUAUUAAAAUUUCAUGGGAUAUACUGGCCAGCAUUUUUAAUAGCUGCAGGACUGGAACCUCCACGAACAUUAUUGUGCCAUGGACAUUGGAUAGUUGAUGAUAAAAAAAUGUCUAAAUCGAUAGGUAAUGUUAUUUCACCUUUUGAAGCAGCUGCUAACUUCACAGAAGAGGGUUUGAGGUAUUUCAUUUUAAGAGAAGCCGUUCCUCAUAGCAAUGCGAAUUACAGCAACAAUAAAAUUCUAAGGACAAUAAAUGCAGAGCUUGCAGAUACAUUAGGUAAUUUAAUUAGUCGGUGCACCGGUAAUAUUAUUAAUCCAUGGGGUGAAGUUCCUAAUCCGAUGGAAUUUAUUGAUGUUUUAAAAUCAGACAUAGCUAUUAAAACCAUACAGAGCAUCAAUUAUUUAAGUAAAAAUGCUCAAUCUCAUUACAAAAAUUAUAAUUUGCAUAACGUAGUUGAUGUGACUAUGAACGUAUUACAAAUGGCAAAUAAAAUGGUAGAAUAUCACAAGCCAUGGGUAUUAAGCAAAAAUUUAGAUAAUCAAAAUUCUUUUAUGGAAUUGAAGGCUGUCAUUUCUAUCGCAUUAGAGAGUAUAAGAAUAUCUGCUUUGGUAUUGUAUCCGAUUAUUCCAAGAUUGGCUAAUAAUAUUCUUGAUUUUUUGUCGAUACCAAAAGAAAAUCGCACCUGGUAUGAUACGAUCUCUCAGUACGAAAAGAAAAGUUCAUCGGACAAAAGAUAUUUUGAUCGGAAUGGUAUGAUAUUAUUUAAGCGAAUAAAAGCUUCAUAAAUUUGAUACAUA